AUGGAGCGACUCGAAGAGCCAAAACUGGCCAUGAGGGGCCUGAACGAAUGGCUGAAGGGGUUCCUGGAGCGUGUGAAUCAGUUGGAACAGAUCAACUGUGAAUUGGAGGAGCAGAUUGUGGAGUGGGGAUUCAGGAACGUCGCUCAGCGGCGGGACUGGAGCGACGAGGAGGCCCUGGCACAGGAACUGCGAGCUCAGGUUAGGAUGAUCAUAAUGGAAAAUGCUGAAGUUUUGUUACAAUCUGAUGCAGUGAAACUCAGGGCAGCACAUUUAAAGACAAGGUGUGAAAUUGAGGAGAAACUCCGACUCCUGAAGGAGCAGGAGGUGUCACAGUUGAAGCUAAAGAAGAAAGAGAUGGAAACGGCCAACAGCCUUCUGGAAAAGCAGCUUUAUGAAUCCCAAAACGAGUUACAGCAAAUCAUGGAGGAACAUGAGAGAGAGCUGGAUCAGCACCAGCGGCGAUCAGUAGAGGAGUGUGAUAGAGUGCUAGCGCAGGUUGCUGCAGGAGAGGAUGGCAGAGGAAUGGAUCUCUCCCGGACCAGCACCCAGUGCGACCCCUCCAGCCCAGCCCAGAGUAGCCCUGACUCAGCCACGCCACCAAAUCCUGCUCCAGGCUCCGGUCCGGCUUCAAAGAGAAGGCCCCGAAAGGAUGCAACCAGCCCCACAGCUGCAUUUCCGCCACAGGUGAGAGCAGGUGAUGAGACACUUAAGGAGGCACGAGCCGAGCUCGCUGAGGCCCGGAAGCAAUGGCACCGUCUACAGGUGGAAAUCGAAUCACUACAUGCCUUGGAGAAGAGUCUCCAAACCUCCCUACGCCACACUCAGCUCCAGUACUCUGUGCAGCUCAAGGAUCUGUCCCGGUCUGUCAGGGGUCUGGAGUCUGAGCUAGAAACUGUGCGGGAUGGUCUGAAAAUCCAGAAACAGAACCAUAGUCAGCUCCUCAACACCAAGAUGAGGCUGGAGAGAGAGAUUUCAACUUAUAGGAAACUCCUGGAACACGAGGAGGGCAGGUUUCUGAACUCAGACGGUCGGUCUGUAAAAAUGAAGCCAUGGAAGGGGUCAGUUCCUGCUCCAGAGCAGAAUGGCCUGCCCAACGGAUGUGAUGAAGAUAUCGCUGAGCCAAUCUUCUCCAAGAGAACUUCAAAAUUAACGCCGGCCCUUCGGCGACACCAGAGUCUUGUCAUCCUCACAGAACCAGUUCAAAACAAAGAUGGGGAGAUCUGUACUGUGAAGACUCAGGAGAUCCUGGAAGGAAAUGUAGUGAGGGAGAGUGCAGAGGGUCAUGGAAAUGUGGAGACAGAGAAGAUUGACAAGGUAAUCAGGCAAUGGGAAGGGUCAUUCUUUAAAGGAAAUCCCAAGCUGAGGAAGAAAUCUGUGUCUCUGCGUUUCGACCUUCAUAUGGCUGUAGCGGACGAGGGUUGCAGCCAAACAAAACAGGACAGUCUCCCUAACGUGGAGGUCCGUCUGGUCAUGAAACGGUCUCGCAGCAUACCCACUUUUGCCCAGUGAUGUCAUGAUGCUACUACAUCACAACUGUGACAUCACCAUGCUACCACACCACAACUGUGACAUCACCAUGCUACCACACCACAACUGUGACAUCACCAUGCUACCACACCACAACUGUGACAUCACUAUGCUACCACACCACAACUG